ACAAACGUGUACAAGCUAAGAACCCUUUAAUUUCCCCCCCUCUUUCUCUCUAGUGAGCUAAGAACCCUGCAGAGAAAGAUGGAACCCAUUGCAGUGUUUCCGGAGGGUCUUGGCAUCAGCACCCAAAUUGGAUUGCUAUGGCAGCAAGUUAGGCAGCCAUUGUUGGUGCCAUUUUUGAGGAUCAUGGUGUUUUUGUGCCUCGCAAUGUCUCUUAUGUUGUUUGUCGAGAAGGUUUACAUGGGCAUUGUCAUGUGUUUCAUUAAGAUUUCCAAUCGAAAACCCGAGAACAAGUACAAGUGGGAACCCAUGAAGAAGGAUGAUUUGGAGAUUGGAGACUUCGCCUACCCUAUGGUUCUAGUUCAGAUACCAAUGUACAAUGAAAAAGAGGUUUAUCAACUAUCCAUUGGAGCUGCUUGCAACCUUUCAUGGCCAGCUGAUAGACUGAUCAUUCAAGUUCUUGAUGAUUCAACUAAUCCCACCAUUAAGGCAUUGGUCCAGCAAGAGUGCAGGAGAUGGGCAAACAAAGGAGUGAAUAUAAAGUAUGAAAUCAGAGAAAAUAGAAAUGGUUACAAAGCAGGAGCCCUCAAGGAAGGGAUGAAGCAUAGCUAUGUGAAGCUAUGUGACUAUGUAGCCAUCUUUGAUGCUGACUUUCAACCCGAUUCCAAUUUCUUGUGCCGCACCAUCCCUUUUCUUGUGCACAAUCCCCAAGUCGGCCUUGUUCAAGCUCGCUGGAAAUUCGUGAAUUCUGAUGAAUGCAUGAUGACAAGAAUGCAAGAGAUGUCUUUGGACUAUCAUUUCCUAGUGGAGCAAGAAGUUGGGUGUGCAACCCAUGCAUUUUUUGGCUUCAAUGGAACUGCUGGUGUUUGGAGAAUUUGUGCUCUGAAUGAGGCUGGAGGUUGGAAGGAGAGGACCACUGUGGAAGACAUGGACUUAGCCGUCCGAGCUGGUCUUAAAGGCUGGAAAUUUGUUUACGUUGGUGACGUUAAGGUGAAGAAUGAAUUGCCGAGCACUUUUCAGGCAUACCGUUAUCAGCAACACAGGUGGUCAUGUGGCCCUGCUAAUCUUUUCAAGAAAAUGGCUAUGGAGAUUAUCAGAAACAAGAAAGUGUCCCUGUGGAAGAAGUUAUAUUUGGUGUACAGCUUCUUCUUGGUCCGGAAAAUCGUGGCCCACGUGGUGACCUUCGUGUUCUACUGCGUGGUUAUGCCGGCGACGGUGGUGAUCCCGGAAGUCCAAGUCCCGAAAUGGGGAGCGGUUUAUAUCCCUUGCAUAAUCACCAUGUUGAACGCAAUGGGCACGCCCAGGUCCUUCCACUUGCUGGUUUUCUGGGUUCUCUUCGAAAACGUGAUGUCCCUCCACCGGACCAAGGCCACCUUCAUCGGCCUGCUUGACGCCGGCAGAGUUAACGAGUGGAUUGUCACCGAAAAACUCGGCGACGCUCUCAAGACCAAAACACCCGCAAAGGCCGCGGCUAUGCUAAACAAACCUCGCAUUAGAAUGGGGGAGAGGUUACAUGUCUUGGAGCUUAUGGUUGCAUUCUACCUCUUCUUUUGUGGGUGGUAUGAUUUCUAUUUUGGGAAGAACAGCUUCUACAUAUACUUAUUUCUUCAAGGCAUGGCGUUUUUCAUAGCAGGAAUUGGUUACGUUGGUGUAUCUGUUCCAAGUUCUUAGCUCAAUUUUAGAUUAUUUUUUUAAAAUAUUUUUGUGAGAGUAUAUUUUUAUCUUAAGUAAUUACUAUUGUUUCAAAAUUAUGAAACGGUAGCAUGCAUUAUAUGUUCCUUAUUAUUUUUAGUAGUUUUAUUGCAAUAAUAUUAAAGAUUAAAAUUCCAAUAAUCUUUGUAAUUGUGAUUUUGUAUCUUGAAGAACAGAAAUGAAGAA